AUGCUCAAGCUCUGCAUCAUGAUCCUCUUCCUCCUCUCCAUCAAAUUCCAAAGGAGGCUUGUCACAGUUAUCAUCUGGCUAUUCCAGAUCUUGCUCAUUGUAGUGGCUAAAUUUUUAGUGCAACCUGGGCAAGUGUUCAUUCUGAUGGUAGAGAAACAGAUGGUAGAUAAAGAGCCAAAGGUAUCCAAACACAACAAACAAACAAACAAACAAACAAACUUCAAAACAAUGGUGGACUAUGAACCUUCCAGUUUUCUCAGUCUUUCCUCCCUCCCAACUUUGGUUGAGGCAAAUAGUUUGCCCCCUCAUCAGUAUGCCUCCCAGUCCAUCUUCAAUGCUGUCAGAGAUAGCUGCCUGCAAGUGGAACAGCAAAACAAAGGCCAAGAUGAAAGUAAGUAG